GCGUUUGAUUGCGCCGGUGAGUGGGAGAGAAGGUCGCGUAACGUAGCGAUGAUGGCUUUCCGAGCUUCCACGAUAAAGUUCUCGAGCAGAGAGUUGGAGUAGUUUCGCGCGUUUUCGUUCAAUCACAGGAGCUCCGCAACUGCAGCUCUUUUUUUUUUUUUUUUUUUUCCCCACGCACAAACGCGAAACUCCCACUGGUGGCGAUCGGUAAAAAACCUCUGCUUCGUUGAUCCAACAGUCAUUUUCGAGUAUCCGUGUAUAAUCGUGAAUCCUGCAACAUCACAGUGAAAAGGGAUCUUCGAGACGAUCCAGCGUUUUAUUAAUUUAUCGGCCAAAAAAUCGGUUUGACGCUGGUUGGGGGGGGGGGGAAAAAUGGCCUCAAACGACGUCGCAGCUGCGAGUCAGCCGGAAAUCGUCCUGCGCGACCUGGAAUCAUUACUGCGGCAAAGCCUCGGCGAGCAGGCGCAAGUCGUAGAUUACACAACAACCCUGUUAUUGCCGAAAGGGGAGAAUUACGCGAGCACGAUAUUAAAGGUGGACGCGGUGGUCAAGAGGACGAAAAAUUCGCCGGAGGAACGGCUACCGCUGGUGGCGAAAAUGCUCCCGCCCACGGAGUUCCAGAGGAACAUGAUCAACGCUACUGUGGCCUUUAAAAAGGAGUUCUUUGUGUUUGAGAGAUUGUUGAACGUUUACAGGCAGAUCGAGGAGGAGGCAGGGGUCCGGCCCGAGGACCAGAUAGACGUGCUGGCCAACUUUUACGGCGGAAGGCUUACGCUGAACGAAGGCAGCGAGGAUGCCGACGACGACGCCGCUAUGCUCAUGGAGAAUCUCAACGCACGCGGUUACUACACGAUGGACCGACUAAAAGGUUUGGAUCUGAGCUGCGCAAAAAUGGUCAUGGCCGAGUUGGCCCGGUUUCACGCUCUCGGCAUCGCGGCCAAGCAGAAACGGCCCGAUUUUUUCGCGGAAGCUCGACAACUGCUGGACGUGUUUCCCUUCGAGCUGAAAGAAAAUGAGUUCGACGACGUGACCGAUUUGAUGGUCAAGGCCAUAUGCGCCCAUCCGCCGAUCGCCAAGUACGAGGACAGGAUCAAGGCCGCGGUGAAGAAACUCAAUUGGGACUCUUUUUUGACCAUUAGGGCCGAAGAGCCUUACGUGACCUUCAUUCACGGCGACGCAUGGGUUAACAACUUCAUGUUCCACAAAGAAAACGGAAAAGUCGACGGGCUAAAGUUCGUUGAUUUUCAAAUAACCCGUGCCACGAGUCCUCUGCUGGAUCUGCCCUACUUUUUGUGCUGCAGCACGAGCGUGGAGGUCAUAGACAAUCACUUUGACGAGCUGAUAGACAUUUAUUACGAAAAGUUCAUCGGGGUGCUGAAAAAAGUUGGCUGCGACGUUUCCCCGUUUUCGAGGGAUAGUUUCGACGAGCAGCUCAAGAAGGACGGGAGCGACGAGUUUUUCCACUGUCUGAUGGCCAUGAAGUUUUUCACGCUCGAGGCGACGGAUGAUCUGGACUUGAAUGACAUGAAAGGAUCGGUUAUGCUUUCGGCGGGGAGUAAUUUGUACCUUGAACGAUCGUCGAGACUUGUUGAGAAAUUCGUCGAAAAAGAAUCGUCAGUGUGCGAAAUGUCUACGACAGACACAACAUCGGCUAAUGACCGACUGAGUAAUAUCGUUUUGCGUGACCUUGAAUCACUAUUGCGCCAAAGUCUUGGUGAACAAGUUCGAGUGGUCAAGUACAAAACCGCGUCGUUAUUACCACCUGGUGAAAACUACGGAAGUUCCGUAUUAAAGGUCGAGGCAGUGAUAAAAAGCACAAAAGAUGCUCCGGAAGAAGAAUUGUCGCUUGUGGCGAAAAUGUUACCGCCGACUGAGCUGCAAAGGCUUUACAUCGACCUGACAGCGUCUUUUGGAAAGGAAAUUUUCGUGUUUGAAAGAUUAAUCAACGCGUACAGAAAAAUAGAAGAAGAGGCCGGAGUGGCAUACGAGGAUUUGAUCGAUAUUUUGCCCAAAUUUUAUGGAGGAAGGCUUUCCUUAAGGGACGAUAAUCGGGAAGCUGACGAGGAUGCAGUUUUGUUGAUGGAGAAUCUCGUUACGAGCGGAUACUACACCAUGGAUAGAAUGAAAGGCUUGGAUGUAGAUCACGCCAAGCUAGCUAUAACCGAAUUGGCUCGUUACCACGCGCUGGGCAUCGCACUGAAAAUUAAGAAGCCAAAGCUGUUCGAGGAGGGAAAAAAAUAUCUGGAAGUAUUUCCCUUCGACACGGACAACGAUUUUUUCGAUGUUGCGCUGGAAUACACCACAGACAUGAUUUGUAGCGAUGAACGUAUAGCGAAGUACGGAGACAAAGUCAGAGAAAAAAUGAAGAAAAAAUGGGCGUCCAUUAGCCAGUGCGAGAUCGCGAACCCCAUUUGGCUGGGAAUUUCUCAUGGAGACUUAUGGGUGAACAACUUGAUGUUUCGCAAAGCAGAUAACGGCAAGCUCGAAAGCGUCAAGUUCAUCGAUUUUCAAGUGUCCCAAGUUUGCAGUCCUCUGAAGGAUUUGCCGUAUUUCACGUGCACCAGCAUCACCAUGGAGGUCAUGGACAACCACUUCGAAGACCUGCUGGACACAUAUUACGCUAAAUUCAUCAACGUGCUGGAAACAGUUGGGUGCGACACCAGCCCCUUCACGAGGGAGAGUUUCGACGAGCAGCUGAAAAACGAUGCGAAGAACGAGCUGUUUCACUGCGUGAUGGCGUUGAAAGUUUUUACGAACGAAAAAUCAGAUGAUCUUGAUUUAAAUAAAAUGGACAGCCAAAUAUUCAGUGCCAAGGGAAGCGGUUUGUACCUGGAUCGGGUGUGGAAUGCUGUUUCGAAGUUCGCUGAGAAAGGGUGGUUGUAGAUACAAACCAUAGGGGUUAUUGUUAUUUUUUGGUUUCUUCGGCAAGUAAAACAUUAUUAAUUGGAGCAAGUUUUUUAGGGAGCAAAAGCGACGAGUAAAAGUAUCUUUAAUACGUUUUUCAACGCACAUAUCUUGAUAAUUGAUAAUGCAUAUACAUCCAAUUGAAUUACGCAUAUGAAGGUGAUAAACUAGAUAACACACAGAAAAAAAAAACAAAAAAAACAAAAAAUUAACAAGGGUUCAGGUAGAGAGAUUUC